CUUCGAAUAUAAUUGAAGAACAAAAUCAAAUAAUUUCUUCUCCUAUGGCUCAAAGCAAACUGGAAUCAAUGGUACAACAAAAUUUAUCUUCUAAUAUAAUUGAAGAACAGAAUCAAACAAAUUCCUGCCCUAUUCCUCAAAUCAAUUUAACGUCAAAUACUCAAGCAGGCAAUAAUACAGAAUAUUUAUGUAAUCUAACUUCUAUUCCAAUCUACAGACUUGAAAAACGACGUCCACUACAUCCUCAACCUCGAUGGACUCAAAAGAAAACAUAA